CUUGAUUCCCUGCCCUCAGUGGAUGUGCCUCCCUAGAUGACCUCAUGCGGGGAGGAGGAGGAGGAGCCCAGCGUCCCGUAGCCUACCUUGGUGGAUCAAGUGGGGAUUGAGUUUGUUUGGAGAUACGCUGGGAGACUGGGAAAACUUUUUUGGUACUUUCAUGUCCAUGCCAUUUAUCAGGGGCCCUACAGAGAGGCCUGCAGGAAUCUCGCCAUGUUCAAAUCAGUGCUGAAGAAGAACAGAGAUGGAGGCAAGGGGAGCAAGAAGGAUUCUGGUGAUGUCCACAGCCACAGUGCCCAAAGAAGAUUCCCACCUGAGGGAAACCCUCAACUCCAGGGGCCUGGCAGUGGUCACCCUAAUGUCCCGGAUGAUGUUUUCAGAUUGAGCCUGGCCAAGGGAGUGUCCAUGUCUCUUCCAUCCUCACCUCUCCUGCCACGACAGUCCUACAUGAUGCCCUUACGCCAGAGCAAGAGGUCACCAGGUCCAAUCAGGAAGCCCAAAUAUGUGGAGAGUCCUCGCAUUCCUUCUGAUGCCAUCGUUUCAGCACUGAGGAAGGUGGCCGAUAACAAGGAUAACAAUGAGCUGCAAGCAGAUAAACAACCAAGCACUUCCUCCCCUGCCACUCAGGAACUGAUGACAAGGCUGGGCUUUUUACUAGGAGAAGGGAUCCCGGGUACGGCGCGCAUACCUAUGGACGACAAGAAUGAAAAGAAGUGCUCUGUAACUAGCCAGGGUAUCAGCCCCUGCUCUACACUGACCAGCAGCACGGCAUCUCCCAGCACUGACAGCCCAUGUUCCACGCUCAACAGCACGACUAGCCACCCCCCUCUCAGCUGCUCCAGCCCCUGCGGGACCAUCACAAGCCCCAGCUCCACACUUGAGAGCAAAGACAGUGGGAUCAUAGCCACCAUCACUAGUUCUUCGGAGAAUGAUGACCGCAGUGGCUCCAGUCUGGAGUGGAGUAAGGAUGGCAGCCUGAGAGGCAGCGGGCGCCAUGGCCUGGCACAGAGUGUGCGGGCUGACACCUGCUCUCCCGUGGCCGAAGAAGACUCCAACAGUGCCACAGCAACGCCAGCCGACACACCAUCCAGGACAGACCAGCUGCAGUCAAACACAUCAGCAGGGGCACCGCAGCCUCCAAGUCACUCACCUGAGGGACCCAUUCCAUACCCAUCGCAGACAUCUUCUGCCCUCAUGAUGCCAAGGCCGAACUCUGUAGCAGCGACCAGUUCCACAAAACUGGAAGACCUGAGCUUUCUUGAUGAACAGCGGAACACCCCCCUGCGGACAUCUAUUCGUCUACCAUGGCAUAAUACAGGAGGAAGGCCACCUCAGGACUCUAAAGCUCGUUUUGCUCCCUACAAACCCGUGGACAUCAUGCUCAAGCCCUUGCUGUUUGAGGUGCCCAGCAUCACUACAGACUCUGUGUUCGUGGGCCGAGAUUGGCUCUUUCAGGAGCUGGAAGAUGUCCUGAAGGCCAUUGAGUCCACAGAGAACCACGGCGUUGUAGUGGUGGGCAGCGUUGGUUAUGGGAAGACAGCCAUUAUCUCCCGGCUAGUAGCACUGAGCUGCCACGGAGGCCGAAUGCGCCAGAUCGCCUCCAACAGUCCCAGUGCCUCCCCAAAAAGUGGUGGGGGACCAAGCACAGAACUUCCUCUCAGCCAGCCACCACAGCCCACUCCACCUGCCAGUGCAACCAACACACUAAGGACCAACAGCUGCCCGGGGACCCCCGAGAUGCAGCGACGUAGGGAAGAGGCUGUCAAACGCUUGGCUGCAAAGGUGGUGGCAUAUCACUACUGCCAGGCGGAUAACACGUACACUUGUCUGGUACCAGAGUUUGUUCAUAGUAUCGCUGCCCUGCUGUGCAGAGCACACCAACUCAGUGCGUACCGGGAGCUGUUGCUGAAAGAGCCCCACCUCCAGAGCAUGCUGAGUCUGCGCUCCUGUGUCCAGGACCCAAUGGCCGCUUUCCGGAGGGGGGUCCUUGAGCCACUAGCCAACCUUCGUAAAGAGCAGAGGAUUCCAGAGGAGGACCACAUCAUCUUGAUAGACGGGCUGAACGAAGCGGAGUUCCAUAAGCCUGACUACGGAGACACCAUUGCCUCCUUCAUCACGAAGAUCAUUGCCAAGUUCCCCUCCUGGCUUAAACUGGUGGUCACUGUCCGGGUCAAUUUACUGGAGAUCACCAGCCUUCUGCCCUUCUCCAAGAUCUCCCUAGAUGACUUUUCUGACAACAUAGAGAUAAGCAACGACCUCAAUGCGUAUAUCCAGUACCGUAUCAAUGGCAGCAAGGAUAUCAUGAACAAUAUUAGCCUGAAUGGCAAGGCCGACCCUAUCACAGUCGGCAAGCUCAGUAGCCACCUGAUCUCCCGCAGCCAGGGUUCCUACCUGUAUCUUAAGUUCACCCUGGAUCUGUUUGAGAGAGGUCACCUGGUGAUCAAGAGUGCCAGCUACAAAGUCGUGCCCGUCUCGCUGGCUGAGCUCUACCAGUUACAGUGCAACAUGAAGUUCAUGACCAAUUCAGCCUUUGAGCGCUCACUGCCCAUCCUCAAUGUGGCGCUUGCCUCACUGCACCCCAUGACUGACGAACAGCUGUUCCAGGCCAUCAACGCCGGCUUCAUCCAAGGGGAGCUGCAAUGGGAGGACUUCCAACAACGCAUGGAGUUGCUCUCAUGCUUCCUCAUCAAACGGCGGGACAAGACGCGCAUGUUUUGCCACCCUUCAUUCAGAGAGUGGCUUGUGUGGAGAGCUGAUGGAGAGAGUACAGACUUCCUCUGUGACCCCAGGACUGGCCAUGCUCUUAUGGCUUUCAUGCUUUCCCGCCAAGAGGGGAAACUGAAUCGUCAACAGACCAUGGAGCUGGGGCACCACAUCCUCAAAGCACACAUCUUCAAGGGCCUCAGUAAGAGAACAGGUGUGUCAUCCAGUGUGCUGCAGGCUUUGUGGAUUAGCUGCAGUGCCGAUGGCCUUUCUGCAGCCUUGGCCUCCCUGAGGAAUCUCUACACACCCAACGUUAAGGUGAGCCGCCUGCUGAUGCUGGGUGGGGCAAACGUGAACUACCGUACAGAGGUCCUGAACAACGCGCCAGUGCUUUGCGUCCAGUGCCACCUCGGUCAUCAGGAAAUUGCCUCCCUGCUGCUCGAGUUCGGGGCCAGUGUAGAUGUGGUGUCUGAAAAUGGCAUGAACCCCCUCUGCUUCUCAGCCGCUGCAGGGCACUUGGGACUAGUCAUGCUGCUCUGUAAGAGGGGGGGCAAGGUUAAUCAUGUAGAUAAGAGUGGUCAGUGUGCACUGGUCCAUGCUGCUCUCCGAGGACACCCAGAGAUUAUCCAGUACCUGCUGGAGCUAGAAUGGAGUGCUGAGGGGCAGCAGCAGGACUGCGCUCUGAAGAACAAAGCUCUUCAGCAGGCUUUAAUAGCAGCCUCCAGCAUGGGACACACACAGGUUGUGAGAGGCUUGCUGGUGUUGAAUAAUGAGCAUGCUGUGCAAGUUGAUAGCCACGACACUCUGUGGGGAGAGACAGCCUUGACGGCAGCAGCAGGCAGGGGGAAGAUGGAGGUAUGCAGCUUCCUGCUGGAGCAGGGGGCAUUGGUGCAGCAGGUCAACCGGCGGGGGGUGUCUCCUCUAUUCUGCGCUGUCAGACAGGGACACUGGCAGAUUGCAGAGCUACUGUUGCAGCACGGUGCUGAUAUUAACAUCAGCGACAAGCAGGGCAGGACCCUACUCAUGGUGGCUGCCUGUGAGGGUCACCUGAGCACUGUAGAGUUUCUGCUUUCUAAAGGUGCAUCUUUGACUUCGAUGGACAAGGAGGGACUGACACCCCUGAGCUGGGCAUGUUUAAAAGGACAUAAGAAUGUAGUGCAGUUUUUGGUGGAGAAAGGUGCGGUCAUCGACCAUACGGACAAAAACGGACGAACUCCACUGGACCUCGCUGCCUUCUAUGGAGAUGCAGAGAUUGUCCAGUAUUUGGUGGAGAGAGGAGCAGUGAUAGAGCGUGACUACAGUGGGAUGAGGCCUCUGGACCGGGCCAUAGGCUGUCGGAACACGUCGGUGGUGGUGACUCUGCUGAAGAAAGGGGCCAAGAACAACAUAACACGCCUCUUUGUACUUCUCUUUCCCUCUACACCCACAGGGAACGCCGCAUGGGCUAUGGCUACUUCCAAGCCGGAUAUCCUGAUCAUCCUCCUUCAGAAGCUGAUGGAGGAGGGAAACUACUUUUACAAGAAAGGGAAGAUGAAGGAGGCAGCCCAGAGGUGCCAGUACGCCCUGAGGAAGUUUCCUAGAGAAGGCUUUGGCGAUGACCUGAAGGCAUUUAAAGACCUGAGGGUCUCUGUCCUUAAUCUCUCCCGCUGUCGCGAGAAAAUGUAGGAUUUUGGGAUGGCUGAGGAGUUUGCAACAAAAGCACUGGAGCUGAAACCCAAAUCCUAUGAGGCCUUCUAUGCCCCAAGAAGAGCUAAAAAGAAGCAGCAGGUAUACUAUUCAGCACAGCUCCACAACAGCUCCUGUGCCAAGCUGUGCCCCAAUAACCGGGAAAUCCGCCUGCUGCUUGCUCGAGUAGAGGACGAGUGUAAACAGAUGCAGCGCAGCCAGAUCAAAGGUGGCCUCGCUGGGGCUGCAGCUGCUUCCAGCCAGGCGCCAGGAGGCCCACCAGUCUGA